UCACUCUUUCAGCCCUUGAAUAAAAACUGCACCCAACUUCCCAGGCGCCCUCAUUGCCCAGCCGGACCCCAGCCCCUGAUAGGUUCCGUCCGGCCCGCUCGCCCCGUGUUCCGCCGGCCCCUGCCCAGUGCCCCCGACCCUCCGGCGCCCCGCGCUCACUCUCUCGGUUCGCUCACACCAUGGACAAGUUUUGGGGGCGCUUUGCCUGGGGACUGUGCCUCCUGCAGCUGAGCCUGGCGCAGAUCGAUUUGAAUAUAACCUGCCGAUAUGCAGGUGUGUUCCACGUGGAGAAGAAUGGUCGUUACAGCAUCUCCAGGACGGAGGCUCCUGACCUCUGCAAGGCUUUCAACAGCAGCCUGCCCACCAUGGACCAGAUGGAGAAAGCCCUGAAAGUCGGGUUUGAGACCUGCAGGUACGGGUUCAUAGAAGGGCAUGUGGUGAUCCCCCGUAUCCACCCUAACUCCAUCUGUGCGGCCAACAACACAGGGGUGUACAUCCUCACAUCCAACACCUCCCAGUAUGACACGUACUGCUUCAAUGCUUCAGCUCCACCCGAAGAAGAUUGUACAUCGGUCACACACCUGCCCAAUGCCUUUGAAGGACCAAUUACCAUAACCAUUGUCAACCGUGAUGGCACCCGCUACAGCCAGACGGGGGAAUACAGAACGAACCCUGAAGACAUCAACCCCAGCACCCCCGCUGACGAUGACGUGAGCAGUGGCUCCUCCAGCGAGAGGAGCACUUCGGGAGGCUACGUCUUCCACACCCUCCUUCCAACUGUGUACCCGACCCAGGACCAAGACAGUACCGGGGUGUCUGACAACCCAGAGAAUACCCCCAUUACCACUUUGAUGAGCACUAGUGGUACAAGUCCCAAAACAGCAACCAAGAGGCGAGAAGCCCAGGACUGGCUUUCAUGGUGGUUUCAACCAUCAGAGUCCAAGAAUCAUCUUCACACAACAACGAUAAUGACUGGUACGGAUUCAAAUAUCAUCUCAGCAGGCUGGGAACCAACUGAAGAAAAUGAAGAUGAAAGAGACAAACACCCCAGUUAUUCUGGAUCAGGCAUUGAUGAUGAUGAAGAUUUUAUCUCCAGCACCAUUCCAACCACACCACGGCUUUUUAGCCACCCAAAACAGAACCAGGAUUGGACUUCGCGGAGCCCCGGUGAAUCGAAUCCAGAAGUAUUACUUCAGACUACUACAAGGAUGACUGCCCCAGCCCAAGACGGCCAUCUAGAUCAAAGAACGACAACGCAGAGUCAAGAAGACAGCUCCUGGACGUAUUUCUUUGACCCCAUCUCACAUCCAAUGGGACGAGGUCAUCAAACAGAAAGAUGGAUGGAUAUGGACUCCAGCCAUAGUACAACACAUCAGCCUUCUGCAGAUCCAAACACACAUUUGGUGGAAGACUUGGACAGGACAGGACCUCUUUCAGUGACAGCUCAGCAGAGUCAGACUCAUAGCUUCUCUACCUCACAUGGAGGCUUGGAAGAAGAUAAAGAUCAGCCAGUGACUUCUGCUCCAACAUCUAGCAGUAAGGAUGACAGGACUGAUGGCAGAGGCGGAAGAAGAGGUGGACAUCUUCCUGAAGACUCAGCUACUUCAGUGGAAGGCUCUACUUCUCACUCACCUGCCACGGGGGAAUACAGGACCCUCAUCCCAGUGACCCCUGCCAACACAGGGUCGCCUGGAGUUACUGAAGUCAUUAUUGCUGGAGAUCCCAAUUCUAACGUUAUUCAUUUCUUUUCAGAAGACCAGGACUCAUCGGUUCACCCCAGUGGAACAUCCCAUACCACUCAUGGAUCAGAAUCAGCUGGACACUCAAGUGGGAGUCAAGAAGGUGGGGCAAACACGACCUCGGGUCCUAUGCGGAAACCUCAAAUUCCAGAAUGGCUCAUCAUCUUGGCCUCCCUCCUGGCCUUGGCUUUGAUUCUUGCCGUUUGCAUCGCUGUCAAUAGUCGAAGAAGGUGUGGGCAGAAGAAGAAGCUGGUGAUUAAUAAUGGCAAUGGAGCGGUGGGGGACAGGAAGCCAAGCGGAAUCAACGGAGAGGCCAGCAAGUCUCAGGAGAUGGUGCACUUGGUGAACAAGGAGCCCUCGGAGACCCCUGAUCAGUUUAUGACAGCCGACGAGACGCGGAACCUGCAGAACGUGGACAUGAAGAUUGGGGUGUAACACCCAUGCCGUGGUGACCUUGGAGAGAAAUAGCACUUGGAGACAUCACCUUAAGAAGGAGCUGGGACACUUCACAGAUGUGACGUGCUACUGAUUGUUUCAUUUGGGGAUUUUUUUUUUAGUAUAAAAUUUUCUACUCCUUUUUGGUUUUUUGCAUUUUGUUUUUUAAAGUCAGGUCCAGUUUAUAAAAACAGCAUUGCUUUCUGAAAUGAGGACCCAAUUGAUAACCUGCAAGAAUUUGACUGUUUCAGGUCCCACCUAGAAGCCUCCACCCCGUAGGGCGUGCUCUGGAUGGCUUCUAACAAAAGCCACAAAUACGUCUUCCUGAUCCCGGCCAUCCCUCCACUCCUCCUCCCAGGCAGCAACCACCUGCUAUACAUGUCCCCCAGAACUAAGAGGGGUUGGUCCCUGGGAGGAUAUUUGAAUCAGUCCACAUCCCCGCCCCCCCUCCCUGCAGCCCAUCCCUGGGCAUUUCUUUCCAGUGGGCUAGGGGUCAGAAUGUACUGGUUACAAAGCCCCUUCUACAGAACCCCUGGAAAUUUUUCAUGUGCUUCUGGGAAAUACCCAAAAGGUGAAGCUAUUUAUCUGUAGGAAGCUAUUUAUCUGUGUUUUUGAAAUAUUAAACCCUGGAGGUCCUUUGAUUAGUAUGAUUUUUUUUUUUUUUUUUUUUGUUACUUUGUCAGAGGCAUAAAGGGUUCAAGCUGAUUCAUAAUAAACAUCUGUACUUCUUCCACCUUAA